UCUAGUCAUAAAAUCUGCCAACCAGUGUUGCCAUUUGAGCAAUUAUUUAGCUAUCAUUAUUUUCUUUUUAGCUUUUUUGUGAAAUUCUAACAGCGCGGUUGCCAAGUGCACUAGAAAAUAAAAACAAACAACUAAAAACUAAAAUGGACAGAAAACUACACAGUGGUAUACAUCAUCCAACACUGCGCCUGCUGCAGGAAUCUGGCUGCGAGAUACUGCCACAUAAUUUGAUGUACCCUGUGUUCAUAGUGGCCAACGAUGAAGACGAACAACCAAUUGCCAGCAUGCCCGGUAUAACACGCUAUGGUAUUAACCGCUUACGUGAGCACUUGGAGCCCCUUGUACGCAAGGGACUUAGCUCGGUGCUACUCUUUGGUGUGGUGGAGUGUGAGCUAAAGGACGAGCUGGCAACCAAUGCAGAUUCGGCCAUCAAUCCUGUAGUGCGUGCUUUGCCCAAGCUGCGUGAAUGGUUUCCUGAAUUGCUAAUAGCCUGCGACGUUUGCAUAUGUCCUUAUGCAUCGCACGGACAUUGCGGUCUGCUGGGUGAUGCCGGCCUGGAGAAUUCACGUAGCAUCAAAAGAAUAGCAGAGAUUGCUGUUGCUUAUGGUAAAGCGGGCGCACACAUUGUGGCGCCGUCGGAUAUGAUGGACAAUCGCGUGCAAGCUAUAAAGCAGGCAUUAAUCGAUGCCGGCUUAAAUAGUGUCUCAUUGUUGGCUUAUUCCGCUAAAUUUGCAUCCAACUUUUAUGGUCCCUUCCGGGAGGCAGCGCAGUCGGCGCCUGCCUUUGGCGAUCGCCGUUGCUAUCAACUUCCCAGCGGGUCACGUAAUCUAGCCAUGCGUGCCGUGCAGCGUGACGUCAGCGAGGGAGCGGACAUGUUGAUGGUUAAGCCCGGCAUGCCUUAUUUGGAUAUACUGCGUCAAACCAAGGACAGUUAUCCCUAUCACACACUCUAUGUCUAUCAGGUGUCUGGCGAGUAUGCUAUGCUCUAUCAUGCUGCCAAGGCAGGUGCCUUUCCGCUACGCGAAGCUGUCCUGGAGUCCAUGAAAGGUUUUCGACGCGCUGGCGCGGAUUGCAUCAUAACCUACUUUACACCGUAUCUGCUGGACCUCAUGCACGUCACGGCUUGUGUUUAAUUAACACCUGUAC